AUGUCAACAGAGACACAACAAUAUGAUGAACAGUACAAUGUCGAGGAAUGGAACAGAUCGAUUCCACCAGCCGGAUGUAUCAAAUUGGGAGCAUUACGGUAUGGAAUUCGCUUAUCGAAGCUCAAUGCGAUUUCAACGAAUAACAAAAAUAAUAAUAACGGUAAGAACGUUGACAACCAAUCAGCUAAUAAACAACAUCAACAUAUUGCAAUGCCAAUAUCCACAUCAACAUCAUUAAUCAUGUCACCAUCAUCUGAAACAACAGCCGCCACUGCUGCUGUUUCUGCAAUCAAUGGUAAGAGUGAUUUCUGUAACGAUGGAUGCUGUUGCUGUAUCAGUUCAACGAGCUCUAAUGCGAUUUCUAGUAAAAAUUAUUCCCGCAAUGCACAGUUGUCAACAACGUCAGCUAAGAAUAGAAUAACAUCAUCUCCCUCAUCAGCAUCAUCAUCGUCGUCGUCUCAGAAACAACAACAGCAGCAGCAAAAAUCUGAGCAAUUGAAAAUUUCAUCAUCAGUAUCAUCGUCAAACUUUAAACGAGAAGCAUCGCCAACCGUAUGCUGUUAUUAUAUCAAUAAUAAUAGAUCUCAAUCGCAAAUAUCGGAGCGGAGUAGCUACAUAAAUAAUAAUAAUAUAAAUAAUAAUAACAACAAGAGAAAUUUAAAUAAAAAUUGUGAAAAUUUUCAAUAUCUUAAAAAGCCUCUGAAUAAUCAGAGUAAUCAAAAUAGUGCCUUAAGUGAUUCCGUUCCUAGUGAAUAUUCAAAAAAAUUUGCAAAUUUUAAUAAUAAUAAAAAUAGAUCAGCACAACCACAACAGAAAAGUGAGAAGAAAAAUUAUUUUGUGCUACCUUCUUCAUCAUCAUCAUCGUCGUCAAACGCGGCAGUAACAUCAUUUAAUGAUAAAAAUAAUGAUAAUCAUAAAAGCAUCGAUAUCAAUGAUGAUGAUGAUGAUGGCAAUGAUUUCGGGAAGAAGUGCGCGACUCGUGAAUAUUUUUUGAGGGAAAAGAUAAAGAGAUUUGAAAAUACCUCAUUAAUAAGCAGCAGUGCGUGUAAUGGUGGCAAUAAAAAUAGACCAUUGAAUAAUAAUUCUAUCAAGCAACAAUCAGAAUUUCUGGCAACUGCAUCGCCAGACGAUCAUCGUCCAGUGUAUCCGUGUAUUAGUGAGAGUAAUAAUAAUAGUAGGAAAAAUGAUAAAAAUAGUAAUUUCAGUACAUUUCUCAUAAAUCGCGAUGAAAGCAGGCAAUUGAAAGCACCAGCACAGCGCGGUACAAAAUUCAUCGCAAAAAAUGAGAAAUGCAAAUUAAAAUAUGUGAAUGAUAGUAAUAAUAAUCAAGUGGAAUCGUUGAGGAAUUCUCAAAACUGUAUUGGGAAAAGUGUAGUUGCUCUAGCGGCAAAGCCACCUCCAUCGCAGCAUUUAGUGAAUAAUAAUAGUGAUGAUACAAAAGUUACAAGAGUCAUUAUUCGACAUCUUGAACCGUCUGUGAAUGAGACUCCAAUUAAUGAUGAAAAUUUGAGGAAGAAUAAUCUUCUAGAUGAUAAUGAUUUUAGUUUUAUUGACUCAUCAUCACAGUCGGUAUCGCGUUCGUCCAGCACAUCAUUUGCAAGUGAUGAGAUCGAUGAGAAUUCGAAGAAUUUGAGAAAACAUCGAAUACCAAAAAUUUCUAAUAGAAUUAAUAAUAAUAAUAAUUAUAAUAAGAGACAGGAGAGUUGUUUAAGUGCUAAGAAUAUUUGUGCCAAUAGUAAUAAUAGAGUUUAUGAAUAUCCAAUAAACGAUCGAACGAACGAUACAAAGUCAAUAGUUUACGGUGGUUGUAGUGAUCGUGAAUUGAGAAAUAUCAAUAACAAUCAUCAGAUUUCGAUAGCGGAAAAUGAACAGCCGCAACAAAAGCUCGAGCAAUUGAAGGUGUCGAUAGAUCAUUCUAUUCCAGAUAAUUCGAUAAUAAUGGAAAAAGGUCGACGAAAUACUCUACAAAAAUUUGGUUUUGGUCGCAAGGCAUCUUCAUCCUCAGCUUCAACAUCGCCCGAUCGUAAGCCAUCAAGUAGUAAAACUGAGAGACUUCGAGAGCUCACAGAGAAGCUUAAAGGCAAUAAAACUGGAUCAUUUAAAUUAAGUUCACGAUCAGUUUCUCCGCCAGCAGUUUCACCGCCUGUCCCACCUCCACUUCCUUUAAUCGCUCCAAUUCCUCCACCAAGAAAAUUUAAGAGAAAUAGUACAACAGCGUCAGUAGAUAAUUUAUCAAGUUCAGAGCAUCAACCUGAUUUACAGCACAUUGGAAAAUCUAAAUCUGUUGAGCCCUCAAGUUUACUUUCCGGUCAACUGACGCGACAAUUGGCAAAACUUUUACGUCCAAACACAAGUGCAUCUAAUUUAGAAGCGCUAAACCGAUCAAAUGAGAAAAAGUCAACCAAGGAUGAUGAACUUGCGACGAAAUUGAGUCGACCGGAAUCGAGGACAAUUAUUGGCUCGUAUACACAGAGAAAUAUCAUAUUUAGAAGUGCCUCAUUUUCACAAGCUGAUGCAAAAUCAGGAAAAUAUGUUAAGUCAGAUAUACAAGCUUUGAAAAAUUCAAUUAGACAUAAAUCAAUGGAAAGAAGUCCAAGUCCUCAAUUAAUAUUAGGUGAACUGGAAUUCGAUAGAGAGAAAUAUCCACUAAAGUCAGAAUGUAGCAUAAACUUAGAUACUGAAGAUAGAUUUUCAGAUCAAGCAGAAUCUCCAUCAAAAAGGAACUCCGACAUAGACACAAUAGAUGAAGAACCAAUUGCUGAAAGUUUAGCUGAGCAGCAUAGCAUAGAGAGUCAACUUAAUGUCGUUCAAGCUAGUGAAAUGACAUUAGAACCAUUAAUUGAAGAGGAACCUCCACUUUUGUCUGUAUCACCAAAAUAUCAAAAAUUCGAUCAACUUCAACAAGCCACAACAUGCUUAAUACCAAUUCCUGUCUUUGAAUGUGUUGAGAAGGAAUGGACACACUUGCCUGAAAAUGGCGGUGAGGAAUUUUGUCAACCGAUAUCCGAGGAAGUCUUACCGCAAGCUAAAGUAAUUGAGAACUUUAUUGAAAUAAGACUAAAUGGAGAAAUGCAGAGUGACUCAAAUGAAAAUCUCAAUCCAGAAUAUAAUUUUGAGCCUAACUUUAAUGCCCUUAUGAAUCUAGACAAUUAUAACUCAUUAGAUAAUCUAAAUCAACUUCGUGCUAAUAACAACUUCAUAUCUUUAGAUAAUCUUCAUUCUAACCUUAAUUCAAUGGAUAAUAUUAAUGCUGUAGACAGUCUCAAUUCAAUUAAUGAUAAAAUUAGUUCUGAUUUAGACACACUUGUUGAUAAAUCCACAAACAGACAGAUAUUAAGUGAUUCGAGUAUCGAGAAACAAGACUCAAUAGAUACACAUGGAACCGAAUCACAAUCAGACAUUGAACAUGUGCCAAUUGUACAUCCACACCAUCAUCCAAUUAUCCCAGAAGUUGAACUGAAUAAUGUUGCACUUCAAUUGGAUGAAAUUACUGAGAAAUUAAAGGAGAACAUUCAGCCAAACGAGGAGGUUUGUAAUGUCGUGAAAACACAAAUUCCGCAAAGCAACAAAGAAGAACUUGUGGCACAAAAGAGCUUUGAGAGUGUGGAGGAAAUACGAAUAUCGCCUGAAAUUCAAGAAGUCCUUGAGACUGUCGCGGAAACUUUGAACGAGGAGCAUAAAUUUCUCACAAAUGCCAUUGGAAAUGCUAACAUAAAUAUUGUGAAUUUAAUAUGUCCCGACCUUGAACUUAGUUCGAGUGAUAGAGGUACGCCAGACGGAAGUAAAUUUGAUUUAUUGAAGGCAAUUGAGUCAUCGCCAGAACCAGGAAGUUUUGAUAAAGGAUCAUUUGAUAAAAGUGAUACAGAAUUUGCGGAAUUGACUGUUCGUAAAAGACAUAGUAAUGACGCAAAUUCUGGAAGUGACAAAUCCUCACCAAAUGCAUCACCAAAUAGUAAUUUAGAUGAUAAACGGAAGCUUGAUAAGUCACGAAGACGGAAGGGAAUUUAUAUACAGUGGCCUGCUGUUGAGAGAUCACAAGAUACAUCAUUUGAAUAUGCUACAAAUGAGGACAUUUACGGUCCACCAAAAAAUCAAAGAAGGAUACCGAGCGAGGAAAGGAAGUUGAAGAAAAGUCAUGGACUUGAUUUCUCAUUUUCGGAAGCAACAAUUCAAAGACAAUCUGAAUCUAUUGGAUCUGAGCCUUACACACCUGAUUCAGAGUAUGGAUCUCAAAAUAAACCUCCACUUUGGCCUAAAUCGUCUCGACGACAAAGCUUGACAUAUCAAAGCUCUGAUGAACGUGAUGACCAAGGAUCAAUCCUUUCGCCACAAAAUAAGCAAUAUAGAACUACGUUUCCAAGAUCUGAGUCGAUUUCUGAUAAUGAGAGUGACAGAGGCUCAUCUAGAGAUCGAAUAAGUUCGUCGCCAGCACCUGGCAAUGAUGCUGACCUAAAAAGAUAUUCGAAAAGACCCUUGCGUGGUCCAUAUGGGCAGAUGCUUGAAGCUGAGAUGAAGAAACCGACCAAAGUUCAUUAUGAUGGGAUAUUAGAGGAACUUUGUAGAAGUGACAGUGUCAAAAAGUCAAACUGCUCCCUUGAUUCAAAUGAGAGCAGUGGUGGAUUCUUUAGUCGUUCUAAAGCUCGUAAAGGUGGUGGUGGUGACUCUUUACCAGUUCCAAUGCAUCAACGAGCAGGUUCAUCACCUGUUCCUCUCAUAGAAACUCCAUCACCUGAUCCCCUGCCAAUCAGUCAUAAGAAAUAUCCGAGCAAUAUUGAUCAAAGAAUGGUUGGCAGUGAUCAUCUCUCAUUAAGAUCUGAAGGAGUUCCAAAAAAGCUGUCACUUGACAGUCACUUAUCGGUCGAUCAAAAGUCACCAAAACGAGCAUCGUCAGACAUAAGUGAUAAGCAUUCAAAAAAGAAUUACAGCGAUAAAUUCAUACAGAAACGAAAUUACGAAGAACUUCGCGUUUCAACGACACCUUCUGAAAAGGCCUUUGUGCUAAAUACACCGGAUACGCCAAAAAAUAUGGCAGCGACACCUGAGUUGCUCGCUGAAUUGUUGAAAGGCUCAAGUGAGAAAAUUUUGACAGAUCAAACAUCACAGAACAAAAAGCAUCAAAUGAGAAAUAGUAGCAGUAGUAAUAGUAGUGGAUUACCAUUAGCCGUUUUAAACAGCCUUAAUAAUUUGGACACUCGAACACAUGUUGUUGUUGAGUUAUUUAAUACAGAGAAAUCAUAUGUUGAGUCUUUACAAACAAUAGUACUGAAAUAUUUAAAUCCCCUCAAGUUACCUGAAUAUUCUGGCAUUGUUGAUGUUCAAAUUGUAGAAGAAAUUUUCUUUAUGGUUCCGUCGAUUCUCAAUAUACAUGAGAAUUACCUAGAGGAGCUUAAAAAGCGUUUAGAUGCAUGGGAUCCAAUGCAAUGUAUCGGUGAUGUUUAUUUUAAUGUUUUUUCGAAACCAAUAGUAUUAGAAACUUACAUAGCGUUUGUAAAUAAUUGGAACAAAGCGAAAGAUGCUAUUCGAACGACCAAAACGACAAAACCAGCAUUUGCGAAAUUUUUAGAGGCAAUGGCACGUGAACAUAAAGGCAAAUUAUCACUAGACAACUUACUUAUAAAGCCUAUACAAAAAUUUCCAAAUUAUGAGUUAAUAUUUCAAAGACUAAUAAAGCACACAGACUCUGAUCAUCCUGAUUAUACAGGAUGUCAAGAUGCACUCAAGCUCGUCCACGAGAUUCUCGUUCAAUUAAAUUGUAAAGAGCGUGAAGCACUCGAGAAUGGUCAACGCGAGGCGACAUUGCGUGAAUUGGAGAACGUAAUUGAAGGAAUUACAGAUUUAGUGUCAUCUGAUAGGGCAUUUGUAUCAUUUGAGCUUGUAUCAAUGCCAUCGGGUCAGGCUGGUAGGAAAGAACGAGGAUUUUUUCUUUUUACGGAUCUUCUUGUAAUUACAAGCAUAAAGAAGCGAAGCGGUACUUAUAGAAAGCCAAACAGUAUGCCAGGAAGUUUCUCAUCAACACUGGACACAAACAAGUACAAAUUUCUCACCAAAAUUCCACUAGACGACUUAGAGAUUGUAAAAUCAAAAGAUGAAAAUGUUCGACGAAUAAUGAAGGAAAUUGAGCAUCUAAUAGAAGAUUCUAACAAGCUUCAACAGAUUCUGGAAAUUUCAACAAAUCUUCGAUGUCCACAUCAAAUUUUAGAAGAAUCAAUUCGUGAUUUGCAGCUCAAUGUACAACGUCAAUUGUCUGAACGGCAAGCAAAUGAUUCACAACUUAAUGUACUGGAAUUAAAUGUUAAUGGACCAUCUGGAACACAGAACAUGUCAAUAGUAUUCUCAAAGCCAGAGAAACGUACGCAGUGGGAAGAGACGUUUAAUGAAACAAAACAAAAACUGAUUGCGUCGAUUGAGAGAUUUCAAGUUCCAGAAUUUAUUGCUUCAGUUCCAAUUCGAAAGACUCGUGCUGGACUACAAUUUACAUGUGCAGCAGCUACAUUAGGUACACAAAAAGAUGUCUGGGUGUGUAAUAGUGAUGGAUAUGUUGGGCAAGUUUGCGUAUUAAGUCUCAAUCAACCUGAACCGACUGUUACAUCAUGUAAUGGCGUUUGUAAUGCACGAAUCCUUUGUGUCACAUCUGUACCCGGAAAUCCAAAUGAAUAUCGUUCGUCCAGCAUGAACAAUCUCAAUAAUUCCAGUAUUAUAACAAAUGAGGACCAAAAUCGUUCCUCAUUGCUUAGCAUUUCAAAUUCAUCAACAAUUAGUAAUAAAACAAUGAGCGUAAAGUCAUCCUCAACUCAAAGCGAUUCAAAUAUCCAACUUGAUUCGAGUAGCUCCAGCGACUCGGAGCCAGAAGCGUCAACUGCCACAACUGUCACCGUUCAAGAUAGAUCAGUAUCGCCAUCAAUCAUUUCAAAUACAUCGUCACAGCAACAACAACAUCAACAACAAUUGUCAACAUCAGGCGACGAUGGUGAGAGCCAAAUGUGGCUCGGUACAGAAGAUGGAUACAUUCAUGUUUACAAUUGUACUGACAAUAUUCGUAUAAAAAAGAACAAGAUUAAAAUUCAACACGUCAGUGCUGUUAACUCAAUUUUAUAUAUGGAUAAGCGUGUCUUUGUUUCAUUAGCAAAUGGUGAUAUAUGUGUUUAUAGUCGAAAAGAUUCCGGAUGGAAUACAAAUAAUCCAUUGGUGCUGUCGAUUGGAUCUUCCGUAACAUCACCCGUUACCAAAUUAUUAAAUGUUUAUGGAAAGUUAUGGUGUGCCAUUGCAAAUUAUGUUAAGAUACUCAAUACGUCCACUUUACAGGUUGAAAAUAACGCAGAAAUAUCGAGCGAAUCAAAGCCAAUUUCUAAUAUGACCCUCCUCAACCAACAUGUUUGGAUCUCAUUGCAAAACUCUGCAACAAUUUUAUGCUGUAAUGUUAACAACUUAAAAGUAAUAUGUGAAGUGAAUUUAGCACCAGCUGUGAAUAAAAUGCUUAGCAAUUGUGAUAAUAUAAUUCAACAACACAAGGCUGCAUGUUUGAGAGUAACAUCAUUGUUAGCAUGUAAAGACAUUAUUUGGGUUGGCACGAGUGCUGGUGUGUUGCUUACAAUUUUAGCACAGAAUAUUGGAAAGGGUACACCCGUAGUAACAGGCAUUCCACAAGGUCACACCGGUCACGUGCGUUUCUUAACAUCAAUAGAACUUGAUGAUGCCAUAAGCUGCGAUACGACAUCCUCCCUCAAACGAAACUCCAAAAGUUCAGAUACACCAAGUAGUAACAAUAAUAACAAUAAUAAUAACAAUUUAAGUCACAUGUUAAUCAUUUCUGGUGGUGAUGGAUUUGAAGAUUUUCGCACAACUGGUACAAAUACAAUGAAUGAGAUAGCUGGACGUGAAGACAGCACAAAUCAUUUACUAUUAUGGCAACAAACGUGA